AUGACGAAGAGGUCAGGAAGCUUGUCACGCAGAAUGAUCGAGGACCUAUCAAGUGAAGACCAGACGCGCCAGACAAGUUUUUCGAGCGAUAGUGGCUUUGACAUCUUUGACAAGACUGGUCGUGAGGAGAGCUCACACUCCUACACAACUAAAGGCUCAGCGCUCCCAGAGACUCGAGAGCUAAGUGAGGAAGAUGAUCAUGUAUCGGACAUGUCUCCGAGGCUAGAGCUCACUCAGAUAUCCGAACUCGAACCUCUCAAUUUGAUUGAGAUUAUUUCAGACAAGCAACAGCAAAGCGAGGCAGAAAACACACCAGCUCUACAAGACUGUAUGACAAACAGGCCCCAGAUCAAUUCUCCACAAAGUGGUUCCAGAACAGCAACGCACUCUGUUGCGAAGGAGAACCUGUCUCGCUUGGCAGAUGCCACCGCCGUGCAGAGCUCAGAUGUUCCAUGGGGGAAGGAGAAAGGCUCGAGAAACGAAAAGAAAUGCACAGGCAUUCGCAGAUUCUUUCGGGCACUAGUCGGCUAUGACGCUUGA